AUGGCCGCCUCCUCCUCCGAGGCUGAAGCUGCUACUCGAGGAGCCGCCUGCGCCUCCGUGUCCACCUCCUCCUCCUCCGUGCACGGCGCCGCCGCCUCCAUAUCCGCCGCCGCCUCCUCCUCCAAGGCUGAAGCUGCUACUCGAGACUCCGCCAGAACCUCCGAAAGCGCCGCCUCCAGCUCCUCCUCCAUAUCCCCCUCCUCCUCCUCCUCCGUGCACGGCGCCGCCGCCUCCAUAUCCGCCGCCACCUCCUCCUCCAAGGCUGAAACUGCUACUCGAGGAGUCGCCACCGCCUCCGAAACCGCCCCCUCCACCUCCUGUUCCAUACCCCCCGCCUCCGCCACCUCCUCCGCCUCCGUGUCCUCCUCCUACGCCGGGGGCUCCGAGGCUGAAGCUGUGACUCGACGUCCCUCCUGCGCCUCCGCCGUGGCCUCCGCCGCCGCCUCCUCCUCCAAAUCCUCCACCUCCAUAGCCGCCUCCACCACCACCUCCUCCUCCUCCUCCAAGGCUGAAGCUGUGACUCGACGUCCCUCCUGCGCCUCCAGAGCCUCCGUAGCCACCCCCUCCCCCGCCUCCAUGCCCCCCUCCUGCGCCGCCUCCCGCAGCGCCCAGGACGACCAGCGAAGCCAGGCUCAGCAGCGCGAACUUCCUCUGCAAAGGCCCCCGAUGAGGGAGUAA